GAUACAUACAUUACCCUUACCACUAAUACCCAUUCACCACCAGUGUUGCGUCGUGCCAACCGGCUACAGUCAGAUAUUCAGGAAUAUCUGAUCUUCGCAACAUGGCUGAUGCACUUCACGUACCUAGACACCAAUCCCCGGAGUCUUCGCAGGCUCGAAGACAACGGCGGAACCUUAAUCCAAUAAUCGAAGAGGAGAGCGACGGUAGUCUGGUUCAAAACACCAAGGACCGAAGCAGGCGUGCGGAGUUGACGAUCGAGGCCUGGCUGUCUCCGAUGAGCGAUCAUUUUCCAACCCCCAGAGGAAUUCACUACCUCUCCGCCCCAGUCCUCCCCUCGUCGCCCUCCGCCGACUCCACCGACACUUCACCAACGGCUUCCGCCAACCCUUGGAACCGUGCCAGCGUCGCCACCGCGGUCACCGAGUUCGAAGAUCUCUACGAUGUGUCGGAGGACGAGGAUGCUUUGGCCAAGAUGCCUAAGCGCAUGUCAUCUGUCAGGUCGAGGCAGGCCUCGGCCAAGCAGCCCACUCCCUUGGUCAUACCCGCGAGCCGCGAGAACUCCACAGACUCAUGGUCCGCGGUUGAGGGACUGAAGAAGUUGUCUUCUCCAGUGCCGCUUACUCCGUCUGUUCAGUUUCCCAUGUCUCCGGCUCAGUUGGAGUUCAUGGACAUGCAACAAGCCAUGGAGAUCCCAACCAUCUCGGCUCCUCCCUCACUCGAUGGCAGCUUGACUUCCGAGCAACUCGCGGCCAUGAGUGCCCCGCCAACCCCGAUCAUUGGGAAUGACGAGGUCACCACCGAGGAGGCUUGGACAGGCGUGCAGCUUCAGCCUGGUGCUCUAGCUACGCUCCAAGCCUUGUCGCAUGGCGACGAAGACCCUCACGAGCAACCGUCUCAGGUCCUUGAAGUGCCUCAGCUGCUCGCACCACCGCAGCCUGUUCCCGAGAUGCGACACAACAAUACGCGACUCGUCGGGAUCCUCAAGCCGAUCAUCACUCAGGGCACGACCUUUGCCCCAAACCCGCACCGUCAAUCGCUCGCUCAUUUGACAAAGCUCGACAUUCCGUCACCGGGAGGUUUCUUCUCUGGCCUCUCUCCCCGGACUCGAAACACCUGGCAUAUGCCUUCCAAGUCCCCUGAGGAUCUGCCCCCUCCCACCUCGACGACUGCUGAGCACUUCUACAGGUGCCCCUGGAACGCAGGAACCAGUUCCCCGCUCCCGCCUGUCCCCAAGCGCAAGGAGAUCGCGGAAGAUUUCUACAGGAAUGUCAAGUUCACACCCGCUGCCACAGAGCCCCAAGUCGUUGAGCACGUUCUCGAAUUGCACGAUGAUGAUUUCUCUGACGAUAUGCCCACUGCCCGCCCCGUCAUUGAGCACAGAAACACCGACUCGUCCACCGAGACCCUCAAGGCCCCUCAGUCUCCGGAUGACGAGGACGUCCCGACCGAGAUUGUUGUUGACUACGACCCUAACUAUGCUCGAAAGCAGCAAGUGGAGGCACUCGGGAACCUUGAUCGCACUGAACUGUGGCUCGUGGCUCAGCGAUCAUACCUCCGACCCAUUGACGACGAUACUUCCGAAGAUGAUGGCGCUUUAGACACCAUCGCCGAAGUCUCCGAGGACGAGGAGACGAAAGGAGUCAAGGCUGAGCCCCAAACUGAGCCCCAGCCUGAGCAAGCUCUUGUUCGAAAGAAGACGGUCCGCUUCUCCAACCUAGUCUCCGCUUCUGUCCAGCCAAAGCGUCUUCCGUCGAUGCUUUUGCGCCAGGAGUCGGCCUACUACCGUGCUUUCCAGGACUACAUCAUCAGGACUCAGCGCCAGGAUGUGUUUGUUCACCAGCUCGCCCGUUUUGAAGCCCUCCAGGGGCAACGGGUUUCGCUUCGAGAAUCCCACCGUAACCAGCUCCUCGGCAAGUACCAGCUCAGCGUCGUUCCCCAAUCUGCCAAGAAGCGACUCAGCUCCAACGUCGCCCGUGGCGAUGACAACUUGACCGACGACCCUGAGAAGCUGCGUCGGGAGAAGGAGGUCGAAGCCAUGAACCAGAUGACUGUCUCUACCUGGCAUGUCGCCGCCAUCAAGAUGCUCAACGGUGGCCGUCUAAUUUCCGCCCCGGUCACCAAGCGUCUUGCCCGCCUCUCACGCAUGGCUCCAGGUAAGGACGGCGUGACCCGCGACCGCGCGAGGAUCCUUGAUCUUGGUGGACAGUCCGCUUGCGACUGGGCAUGGCACUGUGCCCUCCAGUUCCCCAACACCAAGAUCUACACUGUCACCACCAAGGCUAUCCGCCAGCUCUCCAACGCCAACAUCCGAGGCCCUCCCAACCACCGCCAGGUAGCUGUUGAGCGAUUGACUCGCCUCCCGUUUGCGAACAACCAGUUCGAUCUCAUCUCGGCCAGGGAGCUCCAUAGCAUCCUCAAGUUGUUUGGCGAGAACGGCGAGGACGAGUGGGACGGCUGCCUUAAGGAGUGCAUUCGCGUGCUGAAGCCUGGUGGCUAUCUCGAGUUUUCUCUUCUCGAUUCUGACAUCAUCAACGCAGGCCCCAUCGGCCUUGCCAAGAGCGUGGAGUUUGGCUUCUCCCUCAAGACCCUCGGCUAUGACCCCAACCCGACCAAGCUGUGGCUGGGCCGUCUGGCUAAAACUGGCUUCCAGGAUGUCCGACGUGCCUGGAUGUGCUUGCCAAUGGGUGCGAAGCGAAACAUUCAUAAGCCCCCCACCCCACCCCUGAAGGAUAGCCCCAAUGGCCAAGACGUCAAGACCUGCCGGCUCAGUGCCAUUGUGAUGGGGAGCAGCGACGAUGUCGCGAGCGUGAGCAGCAUUGUGGGUGGAUGGAGUUGGGAGCGGUGGCUCCUUCGAUGUGAGAUGGAGAAGGUUUCGGGCGAGCUUCGACUUGCCGACACGGUGACUGCCGGUACUGCCAUGGAAGAAGCUGGAAAGUGCCUCGAUGGCGUCCCCGCUGUGAUUGAGGAGGGCCGAAACUGCAAGGCCGGAUUCAGGAUGCUGAACGGCUUCGCCAGAAAGCCCAAGGCCGGUACCGAGGUUAUUCAGAUUGCUCUAGGUAACUAAUCGGAAAGCGGAGUUUGACACUCCUGGGGGAUCUCUUUUGUUCAUUGGCACAUUCUCGACAUAAUACGCA